CUCGGAGAGGAAGCGGUGAGAGCUGCGAGUUGUUACUUCCAACUGAAUUCAGUCACACUAUCGCUGAGAAGCCGCAAUGCCAAGCACCAGGUCUCAGUCUCAAAGCGCCAUUCAGUUUCCCAAGAAAAAAAAUGCUCGAACGCACACCAAAGAGGCCUCCCGUGAAAGGACCAAAUUGGAAAACGGCUCCUCUGUCGCGCUGCCACUCUCUCCACUUCCCAAAGAGCUUCCCCUGAGUCCAAGGAAACGACUUGGUGAUGACAAUCUUUGCAAUGUUCCCCAGACAUUAAGCUGCUCACCACCCAAGCAGUCUCGCAAAGAGAAUGGCCCGCCAAGCACCCCUAAGGGACGCCGGUUACUUUUUGACGAGAACCAGUCGGCAACAACACCUGUAUCUCCUCUCAAGAGGGUGCAGGAUCCUUAUUUGCUGUCCCCUUUGAGAAGGGGGCAAGAGACACCAUCCAGCUCUCGCAACAACGAGAGGAAGAGUGUGGGUGCCCGGCUAUUUAAACAGGAGGGUUCUUGCUAUCAGAAGGCUAAGCAUGCUUUGAAUACAGCUAUACCAGAGCGUCUAUUGGCCCGUGACAGUGAGACUGCGACUAUCAAGGCCUUCCUGACAAGUCAUGUCUCUGGUGGGAAGCCAGGAAGCCUUUACAUAUCUGGUGCUCCAGGAACUGGCAAAACGGCUUGCUUGAAUAAGCUGCUGCAGGAGAGCAAGGAUGACCUCAAGCAAUGCAAGACGGUUUACAUCAACUGCAUGUCAUUGCGCAGCUCCCAGGCGGUGUUUCCGGCCAUAGCUGAAGAAAUCUCUGGUGGAAAAUCUUCAAUUGCUGCAAAAGAUAUUGUUAGGAGUUUGGAGAAGACGGUGACUUCAAAGGGCCCAAUCAUCCUGCUGGUGCUGGAUGAGAUGGAUCAGCUCGAUAGUCGAGGACAGGAUGUCUUAUACACAGUGUUUGAGUGGCCCUGGCUUCCAAAUUCUAGGGUGGUUCUUAUUGGCAUUGCUAACGCGUUAGAUUUGACAGACCGUAUUCUGCCUAGGCUACAAGCUCGACCUCAGUGCAAGCCACAGCUGCUUAACUUCUCUCCGUAUACAAAGGAUCAGAUUGCUACCAUUCUGCAGGAGAGACUAAAUCAGGUUUCAGGUGACCAGGUUCUGGAUAAUGCUGCUAUUCAGUUUUGUGCCAGGAAAAUUUCAGCAGUCUCUGGAGAUGCUCGAAAGGCACUAGACAUCUGCAGGAGAGCUGUUGAAAUUGUUGAAGCGGAUGUAAGGGGCCAGACUGUCCUCAAGCCGCUAACUGAAAGUCUCUCUCCUAGUAAGGAAGUUCCAUCAAACCCUGUUCCAAAAAAAGUCAGCCUUCCACACAUCUCCCGUGUCCUGUCAGAUGUAUAUGGGGACAAGAUGGCAAGCAGUGGGGGGUCAAGCGAGAGCUUUCCCUUACAACAGAAACUGCUGGUCUGUGCCCUGCUGCUGCUAACUCGACAGAGCAAGAUCAAGGAAGUCACACUUGGCAAGUUGCACGAGGCAUACAGUAAAGUCUGCCGAAAGCAGCAGGUUCCCGGCGUUGGGCAAUCGGAGUGCCUGUCACUUUGUCAGCUCCUGGAGACAAGGGGCAUUCUGGGGCUAAAGAAAGCCAAGGAGGCCCGGCUUACAAAGGUAUCCCUCAAGAUAGAGGAGCGGGAUAUUGAACAUGCAUUCAAAGAUAAAGUUCUGAUUGGAAAUGUUCUGAAUUCGGGGAUAUAAUGUUUUGUUCUGCGUGUAUCUCUGAUGUAACUUCUGUAAAUUUAUGUACAAUUUUAGCUAAUGUAUCUUUAGAAUUUUAUCAGUUUUAUUUUUUGGACACGUGACUGUUUACACUUGUGUGGGUACUUUUUUUAUUUAUAAAGUGAAAAAAAUUGCAGGCCCCUUUUUAAAGAACAGGCACUUGGUUUUAUCCUAUGCCUGGUUGUCUUCCAUUUUUCAGCACAGUCAUAAGUAUGGAGGCUUUAAGUGUCUACACAUGAAAUAAACUCUAGUGUCUGUUGUAAAUAGUUGGCGCUGAGGGCGCUGUUUAUAAUUUGCUGUCAUAGACAGCAAUGUUAAUGUUUAAGUAUCUGUAAGGUACGGUCCUGUUUGUGGUGGUCUCUCGUGGACAUGGUGUCUUUAUGACCUGGAUUAUACUUGCGUUUUAAUCAAGACUCCUAUUUUAAUAAACGUUUAAAACAUUAAA